CUUCGCAAAAAAGAAUUUGGGAAUUUAUUGAUUGGAGGGGCAUCGCCCAAUUCGACCACCAAAUACUAAUAUCAUUUCCCCCGCUACGGCUUGUCUUCUUUUCGAGGACCUUAUGCAUCGCGAUGGGUUGGUGGGACAGUCUUUGGUCCUCGGGCUCGAGCACCGAUGAUCCGCUCCGCAACCUCGACCCCAAGCUCCGCGAAUUCCUCGAGCGAGAAUCCCCCGUGAAAUACAAGACCGCGCAAAAGCCGGCAACGGCAGCAACGAUCGCCGCGGAAGCGGAGGCAAAAAGGCAGCAGCAGGUAGCAGACGAUGCCGCCGCGGCUGCGGCAAAGGAGGCGGAGGAGAACAAGCCGGUCGUUCCUAAGGACAGUCAGUACCAAGAUGGACGAUAUGCGCACCUGUGGAAGACGUACAGGCCGCUGGCAGAAAUUGAGGCCGAGACGAAGAGCGACCAUGAGAGGUUGAUGGAUGUGCUGGAGGGAUAUAAGGAGCGCAAGAGUCAGAUUGGCAGGGCGGCGCUGGAGAACUGCGCCUUCGAGCAGAUGGAUUGGCGCCAGUGCAUGAACAACCCAACCUUCACCGAGCGCAUGACGAUGUGUCGAGACCAAGUCAGGAAAUUUGAAAAGUGCUACAUGACGCAGACUAGACUACUCAAAGCCUUAGGCUACCUGUCGAUCACCGACCGCUCGCCCGAGGCCGAAGAAGAAAUCCAACUACACGCCGACACGCUAUACCAACGAGUCGUGGCGCAAGAAGCCGAGAUCACCGCGGCGCGAGAGGCCGGACUGCCGAUCCCCAAGUUCCCGCCGUUGAUACCUCGAGUCGCACCCAUUCCGGGAGAACGACCACAGCAGCAGCAACAGCCACAGCAACAGCCACAAGGCGAGCUGGAAGAGCUACCACCAGACAGGCUAGAAGCACUGCGCGCCAAGUUAAAAAAGGUUCCCGAGGAGGAGCGCGCCGCGGAAGAAGAGGCCUUCCGCGCGGAGUGGCGCGCGAAGAACGAGGUUGCGGGGCGGGUGUACGACCUGUGGAGGCAGCAGGACGAGGACCGGCGGGUCCGCAAGCAGAGGGGCGAGGAGACGAUGUGGGAUAAAGUGGCGGGCACUUUCCGCAGCGGCGACAACCCCAAGGAUAAGUAGGUAGUGAUGUGGAUCAAUGUACAAUGCGACAGGCAAUGCGUUAGUUGGUUGGCUUGGUUGGCUUGGUUGAUGCAUUGCUCUAUUUCUCUACUCCACAUGCCUACUACCUACCUGCCUACCUACUCAUCUGCUAGGUUAGAUAUAUAGGUUCCUCCUAUACCAAACAUACAUAUGCAUGCUUAUGAAGUACGAAGUCCACGAGGGUUUCCUUAGGAGGCGGCGCAUGGGCAACGAACGGUCUGGGGGGGAUCCGGCCUGUAUAUCGAGUUAUAGAUAGAUUACAGGAUGAAAAUGUACUAUACUUGUGAUAUUUAC